UCGUAACUUUGAUGUGAACACGCGCCGCAUCGUACCUCUUUCACAUGCGACCACCGAUCGCCCGUGCCAUCUAGUGUUAUACUCACAAUAACAGUUCCAGACUAUCGAACUCACCAUCAAAAUCCCACCAGAGGAGAAUUCUGAAGUCAACAUGGGAGGUGAACAGGGCAAGAGAAAGAACGCCCCCGGCGGUGAUGGAGGCCAGAAACAGAAGAAGAAGAAGACUGGCGGCGCCGGCAAAUGGACAACACCUAACCAAGCGAAUAAGCUCGCCCUCGAGCGCAAUUCCAUCCCUCAGAUCGGCGACCGCGGCAUCUGGGUGACCUGCGCACGCCACCAGGAGAAUAAGGCUGCACGGGAAGUCAUCAACCUCUUUGAAGAGUACAUUGAAACCAUGUACGGCAUCAAGCCCGCCAGCAAAGAAGCCAAAGUGGGAGAUGACGACGAUGCGGACCUAGAUAUUGAGGCCGCCAUUGCCAAGGAACUCGGCGCAAUGAAGGAGAACAAGACGGCUGAUGUGCAAAAGCAAGAGGAAGACAGGGCCCUGCUCAAGGCCAUGAAGCUCAACAUCGACUGUCUCCUGUUUGUGCGUACAAAGGACCCCAUCGAGCCGGUCGAGUUCGUCAAGAGGAUCGUCGUCGACACCAAGGAGUGCACCGACAUUAGGAAGAUCAAGUGCCGCUAUCUGAACCGGUUGACGCCCAUGAGCGUCAUGGGCAAGGCGACGGAGCAGGGCCUGGCCGAAACGGCUAGGCAGGUCUUGGAGGAGCACUUUGACUUGAGCGGGAAAAAGGGCGAGAAGACAGAAGGAGAUGGUGGUGCGGAGGCAGAGACAAACAAGGAGGGCGACAACAACAAGAAGAGGGAGUACAAGCCCUACACCUACGCCAUCCGGCCCACCAUUCGUAAUCACAGUAACCUGAAGCGCGACGUGGUCAUCAACACCAUUGCCAAUCUUAUCAACGAUGAGCGUCACAGGGUUGAUUUGACCAAGCCGGACAAGGUCAUUUUAGUGGACAUCUUUCAGACGGUCUGUGGGUUGAGUGUUGUGGAUGGAGAUUGGGAUGAGCUGAAGAAGUACAACAUGACGGAGCUAUACAACCAAGCUGCUGGCAUCACGACGGUUGGGCAGAAGAAGAAGCAGCAGCAGCAGCAGCAGGAUCAGAAGCAAGAUGAGAAGACGUCCGAGUCUGUCAAGGACGAGGAGACCAAAGACACCAAGGAGCAGGAAUAGGAGCCUGCUUAGUUCUACCGCUGCUUAGUUGAGACUUGAGGAUUUGGAAGAGGGGCCAGUGAUGGAGGCAUGGACCGGCCCCGGAGACAUUUCGCUGGUGGUGGUGGUGGCGGCAGGCAGCAGGGGCGGGGCGGGGACUGCAGUGGUUCCGUAGGCCUGUACUUGCCGUAUAAGUAGCGGUCCUUGUUUUUCUGGCGAGAUGCAUGAGUAGUACACUAGUGAAAUGCAGCAUGGGAGAGGGAUGUCUAUCUAGGUAUGCUUUGCCCGGGAAGGUGAAAACAAGCGAGAGUUAUA